AUUCUAGUUGCUUAAAUCAAUCAUAAACAGUGUGUGUUUAAGGCAGUAUGUCUUUCUGUAAGGCACUUCAUUAUUUCCAUAUCAGUAUUUCAUUAAUCCUGCAUUCCUAGGAGAUGAUUUCAGAGUACUCUGUUUCAUUAUCUGUAGGAGAAAAAUGGAGAUACUGGUACUCUUACCAUUCAAAAACCAAAAAAGCACACAACUCAGGUGCUGUGUCAAUCUACUUUCUACUUGGAAUUAAAUUUUAAUCAGUUAGCUUAACUAUUAGGUUAUAUUGUGUUCUCUGAACCUUAGGUAUGAAGGAGUCUUUACUCUUGGUUAUAGUUGUUUAUCUAAAAGCUUUUUAGCUUUGGAAGUUUACGAAAAGUACACUUAGUUAUGUUCAACCUUUUUUCUGCUUAAGGUUUUUAAGAGUAAAAGGUUUGUUUGGUUUGUUGUGAGACAGGGUCUCUGUGUCGCCCAGGCUGGAGUGCAGUGACAGGAUCUUGGCUCACUGCAACCUCCGCCUCCCAGACUCAAGUGAUCCUCCCACCUCAGCCUUCUGAGUAGGUGGGACUACAGACCUGUGCCACCACCCCCAGUUAAUUUUUGUGUGUGUUUUUUUGUAGAGAUGAUGUUUUGCCAUGUUGCCCAGGCUAUUCUUGAACUUCUGAGUUCAAUCAAUCCACCUGCCUUGGCCUCCCAGAGUGCUAGAAUUACAGGCAUAAGUGCCCAUAUAAAAAUGUUUUAUAUAUACAUUUUGGUUAGGUAAUUUUUUUUUUGAGACUUGGCAUCCUAUUAUUUGUUUGAAUUUGUUGCAUCUUCUCUGGUCUUCCCAAGAUAUUAUCAAAUAUGUGUGUAUUUUUUAGGUGAAUAUUUAAAAAAAUUUUGCAUCCUAUUUGGUGAUAAUUGGAUAUUGGUAGUGUAUGAUAUGGACGUAGUUGAGAAUAAUCAUCGCAUAAAAACCUUUCUUUUCAACUUCAUUUUUAUGUUUCUUACCUGAAGAAAAAAGUUACAAACACUAUAUGGUUUCCUCAUAAUAUUAAGGUUUUAUUUAUUUUUUGUUUUUAGAGAUAGGGUCUCACCCUGUUGCUUAGGCUGGAGCAUCAUGCCUCACUGCAACAUCAAAUUUCUGGAGUUAGGCAAUCCUCCCACCUCAGGCUCCUGAGUAGUUAGGACUAUAUAGACACAUGCUACCUUGCUAAUUUUUUAAUUCUUAUUUUUUGUAGAGACAGGGUCUAGCUUUCUUGCCCAGGCUGGUCUUGAACUUCUGGUGUCAAGUGGUCCUCCUGCCUUAGCUUCCCAAAUCAUUGGGAUUACACGUGUGAGCCAUAUUGAGGUUUUAGAGAGAGAAAUUACUACUUAUUUGAAGAGUUAGGAUACUACAGUAGUUUCCCCUUAUCCAUAGGAGAUAUUUUCCAAGACCCCCAGUGGAUGCCUGAAACUGAAGAUAGUACUGAACCCUGUAUAUACAGUCUCAUGUCAUUUAACAAUGGGAUACCUUCUGAGAAAUGUGUUAGAUGAUCUCAACAUUGUGAGAACAUCAUAGAGUGCCCUUACAUAAACCUAGAUAGCAUAACCUACUAUACACCUAGGAUAUAUGGUAUAGCCUGUUACUCCUAGGCUACAAACCUAUACAGUGUGUCACUGUACUGAAUACUGUAGGCAGUUGUAAUCCAAUGGUAUGUAUUUGUGUAUCUAAACAUAGCUAAACACAGAAAAGGUACAAUAAAAAUACAGUAUUAUAAUCUUUUUUUUUCUCCCUAGCCUACUGCUAUUAGAGACAGAACAGUAUUAUAAUCUAUGGGACCACUGUCAUAUAUGUGGCUCAUGUUAACUGAAAACAUGACUGUACUGUUUUUUCCUAUACACAUAUAUCUUUGAUAAAGUUUAAUUCAGAAAUUAGGCAUAGUAAGAUGUUAACAACAGUAACAAACUAGAACAAUUAGAACAGUAGGCCAGCAUCACUCCUCUUAUGCUUUGUGACCAUUAUUAAGUAAAAUAAGGGUUAUUUGAAUACAACACUGCCGUAAGGCAACAGUCAAUUUGAUGACCAAAUCGCUUACUCAGUGACUAGCAGGUGGGAGCCAGGGCUGGAUAUGCUGGACGAAGGGAUGAUUCACAUCCCAGCUAGGAUGGCAUGAGGUUUUGUCAUACUACUCAGAAAGGCACGCAAUUUAAAACUUCUGAAUGGUUUAUUUUUGGAGUUUUCCAUUUAAAUAUUUUUGGAUUGCAGUUGACUGUGGGUAAUGAACUGCAGGUAAGGAAGGACUAUUGUAAUACAAAUUUUAGAGAGUUGUUUUGAGAAAUCAGUGGGAUAAUAAAAGUGAAUUGCCUAACAUAGUGACUGUACAUAGUAGGCUCAUUCCAACAAAGGCUUUAAAUGUAGCAUGUGACAUAAUUUUGCUCACGGGAAGUUGUGAGGCACUAGAACAGGAAAAAAUAUAUCUAUAUACCAAUGAGUUCUGCCCUAAUCAGUUACUAAAUUCAAUCAGAAGUAACAAAAAAUUCCAAGAGGAGCACAUAAACUGGAAAGUUUCCUUAAAUGAAAUGUUGUCCUCCCAGUGGUUGUCUGGAAGCAGACCCAAACAGAGGAAGAGUGGCAAAGAUGGGAAAAAUUUUGGGAACUGCUCUUAUGGUUAUUUUUCAUACCUCUUUACCUGCAUUGAUUCACUCUGAGCUGUUCCUUUUGUUUGUUUUGUGUGUAGAUUUUUAAAAGUUACUUUAUUCCAACAAGGGAAGGCAAUUACCUUAGGAGGCCACUUUAAUGUGUUUAACUUUGGCACAAGUUGAAGUCACCGUCGGAGUAUGCCUCUCUGCACCUGACAUUCCUUCCUGAAGCAGGACCCCUCCCUGUGAAUAAGAGGAAAGGCUUGGCCAAUUAUGCUAGACAAAGCCGCACAGCUGCCGAGCCCAGCUGGGAGGAGUUUCCUUCUUGAGCAGGGAGCUGGUACAGUCAGGGACUUGCUUUUCACCACCUCCUUUUUUCACACUGCUUUACCUUAGAGGAUUACCUAAGGCGGAGGUAGAGGAGGGAGUGUUGCUGUCUGCAGUGGACACUCUCCUCUGGGAGGGCUGGAGAGGGGAGGAAUUGGUGCAGUUGCCCGUCUCCUGCUUGGAGCAGAUGCUGUCCGACCCCAGCACGCCACUCCUCCUCCCACAGGGACCAGAACAUCAGGUCUGUCCCCUGGAAUUUCAGGUAGCACCACAGCGGCAUCUUCAUCUAGUGGUUAGGUGGAAAGGGAAGGGGUGGUCCUUGUGUCUGGACCCCUCACCGCCGACUCACAGGAAGUGCUAGAAGAGCUUGGCACUGGACGCAGCGGCUUCAGGAUUACUGCCCCACCCGCCCUGCCCUCUCCCACGUAGGUUUUGCAGUGUCUCUUGAUAGAACAAUGAAGGCAUUCCAAGUUUGCUAAGACUCCCAGGGAAAUUAUUUGCACUUCUCUGGCAGUCUUCAAAAUGUUCUGCCACCGACUUUCCCAAGAAGCUGUUGUUUAAAAAACCCUUCCUUCGUGGAUUGCUUUGUCUGAAGAUCCUCUGAGUGAUCAUGGUUCAGCGCUUUAGCCUCAGGAGGCAGCUCUCCAAGAUCGAGCGGUUGGAAGUAAGCAGCCUUGCCCAAACAUCCAGUGCAGUGGCCUCCAGUACUGAUGGCAGCAUCCACACAGACUCUGUGGAUGGAACACCAGACCCUCAGCGCACAAAGGCUGCCAUUGCUCACCUGCAGCAGAAGAUCCUGAAGCUCACAGAACAAAUCAAGAUUGCACAAACAGCCCGGGACGACAACGUUGCUGAAUACUUGAAGCUUGCCAACAGCGCAGACAAACAGCAGGCUGCCCGAAUUAAGCAGGUCUUUGAGAAGAAGAACCAGAAGUCUGCCCAAACUAUCCUCCAGCUGCAAAAGAAACUUGAGCACUACCACAGGAAGCUCAGAGAAGUGGAGCAGAAUGGGAUCCCCCGGCAGCCAAAGGAUGUCUUCAGGGACAUGCACCAGGGUCUGAAGGAUGUGGGAGCAAAGGUGACUGGCUUCAGUGAAGGUGUGGUGGAUAGUGUCAAAGGUGGGUUUUCCAGCUUCUCCCAGGCCACCCAUUCAGCAGCAGGCGCUGUAGUCUCAAAGCCUAGAGAGAUUGCCUCACUCAUUCGGAACAAAUUUGGCAGUGCAGACAACAUCCCCAACCUGAAGGACUCUUUAGAGGAAGGGCAAGUGGAUGAGGCAGGGAAGACUUUGGGAGUGAUUUCGAACUUUCAGUCGAGCCCAAAAUAUGGUAGUGAAGAAGAUUGUUCUAGUGCCACUUCAGGCUCAGUGGGAGCCAACAGCACCACAGGGGGCAUUGCUGUAGGAGCAUCUAGCUCCAAAACAAACACCCUGGACAUGCAAAGCUCAGGAUUUGAUGCACUACUACAUGAGAUCCAGGAGAUACGGGAAACCCAGGCCAGACUGGAGGAAUCCUUUGAGACUCUCAAGGAACAUUAUCAGAGGGACUAUUCCUUAAUAAUGCAGACCUUACAGGAGGAGCGAUAUAGAUGUGAACGAUUAGAAGAACAGCUAAAUGACCUAACAGAGCUCCACCAGAAUGAAAUCUUGAACUUGAAGCAGGAAUUGGCAAGCAUGGAAGAAAAAAUCGCAUAUCAGUCCUAUGAACGGGCUCGGGACAUCCAGGAGGCCCUGGAGGCAUGCCAGACUCGCAUCUCCAAGAUGGAGCUGCAGCAGCAGCAGCAGCAGGUGGUGCAGCUAGAAGGGCUAGAGAAUGCCACUGCCCGGAACCUUCUGGGCAAACUCAUCAACAUCCUCCUGGCUGUCAUGGCGGUCCUUUUGGUCUUUGUCUCCACUGUAGCCAACUGUGUGGUCCCCCUCAUGAAGACUCGCAACAGGACGUUCAGCACUUUAUUCCUUGUGGUUUUCAUUGCCUUUCUCUGGAAGCACUGGGACGCCCUCUUCAGCUAUGUGGAACGGUUCUUUUCAUCUAGAUGAUGCUGGCACGGAAGGCAUUGUUCCCUACCCUCUGGCGAGUGCAUGCAGCAGAGAGUUAGACAGCAACUUACCUACUCCGAAGUUUUCUACAACAACAAAAGAGUUGAGUGAAUCUGUUUACAUUUAGAAUAAUGUUUUUUUCUUCAAGAGACGCAAUUGCAAUAGUAUUUUUUAGAUUUUAUCCAAGAAGUUUUUUGGGCGAAAAUCUUGGAUCAUUUUUAUGUAGCAUGAUUUUCCUUGGGAUGCAACUCUUAAACAGUCCUUUAAUAUGAACCAACAAUCUGGAGCACACUGAAGGGCAAUCUAAAUUGUGGCUUGAAGGACUGCACUAAAACCCACUAAAAAGAUGCGAAAACCUGAUUAGGGCAAACCAGUUAAACCUAACACCCUGCCUUGUCUGGGCUCAUCACUUUUCCCCAUCCCAGACUAACUUUACUGUGAAAUCCUGCCACAUUCCAUGUCUGAAUUUUUGGAUUCAGGGUGGAUUUUCCUUGUCCGUGGAAGAACACAUGGAUCUCCCUGGCCUUCUCACCCAAGUUGGCCACUUAAGCUACCCUUGGAAGUAUGAUCACUUUUGAACCUGCCCCUUAACCUUUGCUAGGAUACAAAAGUGAAAGCAUCAUCCCCCAAAGGAUCACUGCACAGUCCUACUACAGUAUUUUUCAGUAACCCUCUAAAUACUUAAUUUUAAGCAAAAUCCCUUGGCCGCACUUUUAAGGGUUUUUUUAUAUAUGUAUAGUUAACAACCUAAAAAUAAAAUAUCCAAACAGCAUACUUGAAGAAUGUAAUACUCAAACUCUCAGUGCUUCCUUAUGGUUUCUAAUAGGAUUUUUUAUUAUUGUUAUUAUUAUUAUUGGGUUUUUUUGGACAGGGUUGGGAGGGUCUUUUAUUUUCCUUUGAAAUAAAGAAGUGAUGUUUUUAAAUGAAGAAAUGUGUGGAUAUUUAAGUGUGCUGCUCCCUUUGUCUUGAAACAGUUUGAGUAAGAAAGUCUUGCUGUAAAUGCUGCCCUCUGCCGCCCUUGUUUUGAGAUGCAGUUUAAACUCCCUCUAGCUACUGCUGCUGCUUUUUGUUGUCCGGACAUCCCCACAUCCUGGUUUUAUGGGUUUGGUUUGGUUGGAGAGGAAAGGGUUGUGCAAGGAGAGGGGGAGGCUGUUUCCACAAACUAGUGUACUAGGAUAGGGAUUUUUUUUUUGCCCCAAGAAAAUGUUCACCCAGUGAUCUUGGGCUGGGGUUGUCUUUAGGAAAAGUUGAGACUAUAAAAGUCAUAAAUAAGUCCUUGUGUUUCCUUAAUUUAUUUUCUUAACACCCCCUAAUUACUGAAACCAAAGUGAUGUGGAGUCUCUGUCUUCAUUUUGGCCCCAGCAUUCUUAAUUUCAAAGCUUUAUUCUGUCUGCCUAAGAGAAUCAAUCAAAGGUGAUUCUCCUAAAGAACAGUGAAGGAAAUGUCAGAUUAGAAGGACCCGAGUUUUGGGUGUAAAAUGUUGCCAGCUUCCUAUUAAUGUAAACUGACUCGUUAACCUAACAUAAUUAUGCUCAGUGGACUUUUGUAGGUGGUUUAGAAAAAUGAAAUGAGCUGCCUUCCCCCAUCCUAUAACCAGUUCCAUCAUCCUGGUGGAACUUGAACAUUUAGAGUUUAUCUAGAGAGCUUGGUUAAUCUUUCCAUAUUAUUUGUAGUAUUGGGACACAAACGCUGUUCCCUCUUGGCCUCAUUCUGUGCAAUGAAGUACAUAUAAGAUGCCCUGAAAAGAGUAGCAAAGUAUGCUUUGCCUGUUUCCCCUACCAGGAAAUUCCUUCAGAUUAGCAUUGCCCUGCCUGUCUGAAAGGACAAUUUACUAAUGGUGCCAGCCUCCUUUUGCUUUGGCAAGCUGGAUUUCUCAGAGCCAGCAUGUUGUUUCCAUAACUAUUUUGAUAUUUUAACUCAGGUACCCCAGUCUUCACCCCAACCUCCGUUGAUUAUAGUAAAUCUGCUAGCUCUGUUGCCCCCUCAAAACUAGCACCCAGGGUAGGGCCAAAGAGGUGAUCUUUUUCUUUAAAAAAAAAAUUAGAACCAAUUCAUGUUCAUGCCAAAAACAAAUUGUCCCCAAACCAAUAUAUUUAAAAUGUUAACUUUGCCUAAAAAUAUCGCAGUGACUUUUUAGGUAGGGGUCCCAAAGGACACUGAACUUUUGAACAACAGUUUCUCCUAACUUUCUACUUUGGUGUAAUUGCUCAGAGUAGAGAGCCCACACAAAGUUAUUUAAAAGAUGCCCUAGCAUCAAUCCACCAGUUUUUCUAAGCUAGAACCUUUAAGUCCCCCAAACUGCCUGAAGACUAAGUUUUGUGGGCACUGGAAGUCACUGUGAUAGAUGGAUUGUAACUUUUCCCAUUUGCCCUGGGACGGUUUCUAUCAAAGGAAGGUUUUCACCUAUAGAAAGCCCCCUGAGCUCCAGUCAAACAAUCCCAAGCUGACUUUCUAUCUUCCUUUCUCAAACUGUCUUAGGAAGGACCUUCGGUGCAAAUCAGGUGUAGUAAUGGCUUUCCAGCUCUCUUGUACCUUGAUUAUUCACCAUACCCAGCAGUUGUGUGCAUUUAAUGCUGUUUGUAACCAUGCAUCUGUUUUCAUACCUUCCUGUUCCUUUUGCUGCCCAUCCUGUUACGUUUGAGUUUCUUUGCAUCGUGGUUUUUCUUGGGUUCUUUUGUCUUUUCAGAGCUCUUCUAUAACCUGGCUUUAAUGGUUUAACAGUUGUUCUGGGUGGAAACUUCCCCUCAUUUGAGUGCUCCUCUCUAAAAAGAAAUUAUGUUAAAUUAUGUUCAUUCCCUUAAAAAUGAAGCAUUCCUGGAUUAUUUGUCCAUGCCCCUAGCCUGGGUGAGUGAAGCUGGCUGUGUUAGCCUGGGUGACUGUUCAGGUUGUAGAAUGCACAUUUUACAUUGUUUAUGAUAAUUUAAGGAUACUUCUGUCUGCUCCAAUCAUUGUUUAUGAUAAUUGAAGGGUACUUCUGUCUGCUCCAAUUUCCAUUUCUUGGUAUACUCAGUAUGUCCUAGUAAGGAAGGCUUUCCAGUCUACUGGCUCCUUAAAAAGCAAAAGUAGGUUAAAUUUUAUACUUCACUGACUGGGGUCUUCUCUCUCCCCUGUUCUAAAUGGAGUAAAAGUCUGAUGCCAAGAAAAACACUGGGAGCAAGCCUUCCUCACUAGCCAUGUGCAGAUAAUGAGCGUAUUUUCAUGUGAUCUUCAGUGCAUUUGGUUUUGUUUUUGAUUUCAUGUUCCUUUGAGGUACAGUCAGAUGAAAUGCUGAGUUCUGAGAGAAUUCCAAUAAGGAGCUGUCUUUCAGCUUUGGAAAAUAAGCAUCCAAAACAAAACCAAACAUUAUUGUAAUCUGACACAGGCAAAAUUAUGGUUCCCAUACACCCACCCCAAGUGAAACCUGGGAUUUUGAAUGUGGCUCUAAGAGUUAACAUUUCUGUCUGUGUGUCGUGUAUGCUAGGUGAUAUCCUCAGUAGGGAUUGACUACUAGACUGUAAGUAUGUUUUAUCAAAAGUGUGUAAGAAUAAAAACUCACUUGCACGAAUUGAAACGUAAAGAAAUGACACUUGUGAACGUGUGGAACAUUAACACUGUAGUUGAUAGAUCUUAAGCUGCUAAUUGUUGAGAGAGAUUUAAAUUUAUGUUCUGUCUGGUCGCUGCAGGUUCUCAGCAGCACUUUUACUGUAUAUACAAAUUGAAAUAAAGACCUCAGCUAUUAA